GAGGUCUUUUCAGAGAUUUAGGGUACAGGAUCUUUCUGACCCUGUGCAUCUGGUGUUCAGGAGCAUUAACCUUCCUUUAUUUUUGUACCUGUGUGCGCCUGGACUAUUUGAAGAGAAGUAAAAGCUUUACAGGUUUCCCAGUCAGAAAUCACUUGGUUUUAGUUAUGCUUCCUCUUCCUUUACCUAUGAUACUGUAGUCUUACCAAAAAUCAUUAACUUGCUUAAGCCAUUUGUUGCUUAAGAAAUAUACUGUAAACUCUAAGCAUCCGGUUUUGUAGUUGUAAGUGAAAAGUACUGCUCGCACAUUAACUAUUCCUUAGGAUGCUUACAAGUUAUCAUUUAAAAAAAAUCAGUUUGAUAGAAAACAAAGGGAACAGUUAAAGUAGUCAGAAUUAUAUCACUGUUUGUGAUGAGGUGUGCGAGUUGCCAAAUGCAACUUAUUUUUGUUUAUGAAAACAAAAAUGGAAAAGAAAUUUGCCAGUAAAUGAUAGUCAGAAUUACCAGUUUUCCAGCACUGGGCAAGCCUUAAAUUGGAGUGUGAGAAACUGGCAAGUGAAAAGACGGAAAUGCAGAGGCAUUAUGUGAUGUACUAUGAAAUGUCGUAUGGAUUAAACAUUGAAAUGCACAAACAGACAGAAAUCGCGAAGAGAUUGAAUACAAUUUGUGCACAAGUCAUCCCAUUUUUGUCUCAGGAACAUCAGCAACAAGUGGCCCAAGCUGUAGAACGUGCCAAACAAGUGACCAUGGCUGAAUUGAAUGCCAUCAUCGGGGUACGUGGCCUUCCAGGUCUACCUCCUACACAGCAGCAGUUGCAGGCUCAGCAUCUCUCCCAUGGCCACGGACCUCCAGUGCCUCUAACGCCGCACCCAUCAGGACUUCAGCCUCCAGGAAUCCCUCCACUUGGAAGCAGUGCUGGCCUUCUUGCCCUUUCCAGUGCUUUGGGUGGGCAGUCUCACUUGGCAAUAAAAGAUGACAAGAAGCAUCACGAUGCAGACCACCACAGAGACAGAGAGCCAGGCACAAGUAAUUCUCUGUUGGUCCCCGACAGUCUACGAAGCACAGAUAAACGCAGGAAUGGCCCUGAAUAUGCCAAUGACAUCAAAAAGAGAAAGGUGGAUGAUAAGGAUUCCAGCCACUAUGACAGUGAUGGGGACAAGAGUGACGAUAACUUGGUUGUAGAUGUAUCCAAUGAGGAUCCUUCUUCCCCAAGGGCAAGUCCCACUCAUUCACCACGUGAAAACGGUAUAGAUAAAACCCGCCUACUGAAGAAGGAUGCCUCCAGCAGCCCAGCAUCCACAGCCUCUUCAGGAAGCUCCACUUCCCUCAAAUCCAAAGAAAUGGGCCUGCAUGAGAAAGCCAGCACGCCUGUUCUGAAAUCCAGCACACCGACUCCUCGAGGUGAUGUGCCAACCCCAGGCACUAGUGCAACUCCAGGACUCCGUCCAGGCCUUGGCAAACCUCCAACAAUGGACCCUCUGGUUAACCAAGCUGCUGCAGGUUUGCGGACACCGUUGGCAGUACCAGGACCAUACCCGGCUCCAUUUGGAAUGGUACCUCACGCUGGCAUGAACGGAGAGUUAACCAGUCCAGGGGCAGCCUAUGCCAGCCUGCACAAUAUGUCACCCCAGAUGAGUGCUGCUGCUGCUGCAGCUGCCGUGGUUGCCUAUGGAAGAUCUCCUAUGGUUGGGUUUGAUCCUCCUCCUCACAUGAGAGUACCUGGAAUCCCUCCAAAUCUAGCAGGGAUUCCUGGGGGAAAACCAGCCUACUCCUUUCAUGUUACUGCAGAUGGUCAGAUGCAGCCAGUUCCUUUCCCUCCUGAUGCCCUCAUUGGUCCAGGAAUCCCUCGCCAUGCCCGUCAGAUCAACACCCUGAACCACGGGGAAGUUGUGUGUGCAGUUACCAUCAGCAACCCCACCAGACACGUCUACACGGGUGGGAAGGGCUGUGUCAAGGUCUGGGACAUCAGCCAGCCUGGCAACAAGAGCCCUGUCUCCCAGCUGGACUGCCUGAACAGAGAUAACUACAUCCGCUCCUGUAAGUUGCUUCCCGAUGGAUGCACCCUGAUUGUUGGUGGGGAAGCCAGCACGUUAUCCAUUUGGGACCUGGCAGCUCCAACUCCUCGCAUCAAAGCAGAGCUGACAUCUUCUGCACCUGCCUGCUAUGCUCUGGCUAUCAGCCCCGAUUCCAAGGUGUGCUUUUCCUGCUGCAGUGAUGGCAACAUCGCAGUGUGGGAUCUGCACAAUCAGACAUUGGUCAGGCAAUUCCAGGGCCACACAGAUGGAGCCAGCUGUAUUGACAUUUCUAAUGAUGGUACCAAGCUCUGGACAGGAGGUUUGGAUAACACUGUCAGAUCCUGGGACUUGAGAGAAGGGAGACAGCUACAACAGCAUGACUUCACAUCACAGAUAUUUUCCCUUGGUUAUUGUCCUACUGGUGAAUGGCUAGCUGUGGGAAUGGAAAGCAGCAAUGUCGAAGUGCUACAUGUAAAUAAACCGGACAAGUAUCAACUGCACCUUCAUGAGAGCUGUGUAUUGUCACUCAAGUUUGCUUACUGUGGUAAAUGGUUUGUGAGUACUGGGAAAGAUAACCUUCUUAAUGCAUGGAGAACUCCUUAUGGAGCCAGUAUCUUCCAGUCCAAAGAAUCUUCAUCAGUGCUUAGCUGUGACAUCUCUGUGGAUGAUAAGUACAUUGUCACUGGCUCUGGAGACAAAAAGGCUACAGUCUAUGAAGUUAUCUACUGAAAAACAUGAUGGGGAUAUUCUUUUAGUGGUUGAACUGGGCCAAAUUUGUUUGUAGAAGUAGAAAGGUUUUGAAUUUUUUUCAAAGGAACAAAAAAAGUGUUGAGGUUCCAGACCUUGCCAUGAAGCUACUCCGGUUUUUCAAAACAGAAGGCAACAUCCCGCAACUAAGUAUUGGCUACGUGGACCAGACGGAACACAGAGGCAAGAUGGACAGAUGUAGCCUAGGUUUUUGACAUUAUUUUUAAAAAGCCAAGUCUACUGAAGAAUGUUGGAGCCUUUUAUUUUUUUUUCUUUUUGUGACCUCAUGCAAAUUUUUCUCAUUGCCUGAAUAUGGGGGAUAAAUACCUUUCUGUUUCUUGCAGUUCAAGUUGCAUUCUGUCCUGUGUAGAGCAGCAGUGUCUCAGAUGAACUUGAUUCCUGGUUUUGCAUCUUGUGAUAUGUUUUUGUAUUUUUGUUGAAGGUCAAACAUUUGUAUAAAUUGUAAAUAUAUUUAGUUUACUACAGUAAAGGCUUUAGUACCAACAACCAGUCUUCCCCUUUGCCCCCUCCCUGCUUGCCCUGCUUAUUUAAAAUUAAAAACCUUUUGGGGAUAUAAGUACCUUUUUAGAAGCAAAAGCAAACACUAUGUAUAGUUUGAAAAUGGUGUCUUAUUCUUUAUAACUAUUCUUAGAUUCCUUUAUCAUACUUCAAAGUAGUUGAUUUGACAUAUUAGGGUAUCAAGUCCAGUAGAUAUUGUCUUGUUCUACAGAAACUUAAAGGCAGUUUUGUACUAAUUAUAGUGUAAAUAUAAAAAUUGAACAUUUCAUAAAGAUGUGCAGUUUAAGUUUAUUCUGAUGUCCCAUGUAUAUGUUUUUUGGCAGAUACAGUAAAUAUGUGCCUGAUCAUAACUCAUUUGGUCAUUUCUCUAGGAGAGGAGGUGACUUCCCUGUCCUUUUUCCCCCAGCUGAACAGAAUUCAUGUGAGACUGCAUUUCAACUAAGUGCAUCAGAGCCUUUAUUCGUUAUAUGAGGAUGUCUGUGAUUAGAUAAGCUAGAUAAAUUGCAUCCUUCAUGUUUUACAGAGAAGUGGUAGUUAAUGACCAUUUCCUUUUUAAAGUCUUGUCUAUACUUAGAUACUCAGGUAAAUUUAACUAAAUUACCAAAAGUAUGAGUUUUACAGGGGAUUGCUUAAAGAUGAUAAAUACUUGCAGGGUUGCAAGUGAAGUGAAUUAACCUAAACUGGGUUAAACUCGCUUCUUAAUUUCUUGUGAAAAUAUUGACAAAGGAAUAUUUUGAUUUUUAACUAAUCCACUCUACAAAUUAAUUAGAAUUAAUUUUCCUGAGUGUCCCAUGUUACGCAGGCCUUUAGGCUCUAUGUAUGUAUUCAUGCUGAGCAAUCUUUCAGUCCUUUCCAUUGUCACAUCGCUGUGUGAUAUCUGUGAAGAGCCAUGAUAUGCAGCCAGUUACCAAAGCUAUGCAUCUUCAAGUUUUCUUGGUGUACUCAAGAGCAAUGGAUGAGGAGAGAAUGUGUUCACUUUACUUAACUAUUAUUUUUUCAGUCUAAUGUGUUCUACCACUGUGUGCUAGACAACAAACUUUGCUGUUGCACUGGUGAGAGCCAUACAUUUCCUACAUUCUGUAAUUUGGUUAGAAUUUCUGUUGCUAAUGGAGAGUACAGCUGAACAGAAGGGUAUCUUUAAACAGCUAAUUUAGAUUACACAAACUAGCAGACAGAAGAGCUGCUUUCUCAUUUUGCUAGCAUUUGACAAUGGCCUAUGUUCCUGCUCUUUCAAAGACGUGUAGCUCGGAAGAAAAAGUUUUACUGACAGAUGCAUUGAUUGGUUAUGGAAUUUUUCAUCUGGGGGCAAAUUUUAUCUAAGUUUCUAGUCUGAAGAGACACAGGUUUUCUUUUCAAUUUACAUGACCAUUCUACUAAAACCAUUUUAUGGCAUCUAGAACUGUGAUAGCCUUAAUGUGUUAACAUUGCAUUCAGAAUGUAAAAUGUUACCCUUCAGGAUAAUCUGGUCUCCUAUAACAUUUAAAAUUGGCAUUCUAUCAAUACGUAUCCAUGUAUAUCUUUGCUGAUUGCUUAGUUCUUAAUUUGUAUCUGUAUGAAAAAGACCAGUUUAGUUGUUGGUCAUGUGGCUUUCAGACAUGGUGGGGCAAAAAGCAGAAUAAUCAGACUUCAAAGAGUUAACUAUAUUUGCUACACUAAAAUACUGGGAAUUGCUAUGCCAUUUUUAAAAGGGAAAGUUUUAAAACAAAAGGAUUUAUGAGGUUACUUGAUUUUAUAUUGAAAUUUCUCUGAACAUCUGGCUCUGGCAGUGAUUGACUUUAGCAGCACUGGCAAAUUUGCUUUAUUUGGGACCAUUUGGAUUUUUGCCAAACUGCUAUCACCUUGGCUUUUACUUUAUAGGUAUCCUUUUGCUUUUCUCUGAAGUCAGUAUCAGAGGAACCAAGAAUGCAAGUAUUCCUACACGUCCAUAUAAAUAAAAAAAAAAAAUCUCACAAGUGUAAUUGUAAUAUAUGUUGUGACAUAGUGCUUGCUAGUAAGAUCACAUUCUUGUCAAUCAGGAAAUUAAAAAUCAUAGUGUCAGGAAAAUCACAAAAUACCUUGUUUUCUUGGCUUCUAGAAUGCAAUGUGUCAGAGCAGUUACGGAAUCAGAAAUUUAUGUGUGUGAAUGAAUUUAAUCAUAUUUGUGCCGUAUAUUUCUUGAUUAUAAUUAAGAAAUUAAUUUCUUUUUUUUCCCCCAUCAUAUCUACUUUAAGCCUUGGGUCUAAAAACUAGUAGAUGCAUCUGAAAGCUUCUGGGUGGAUCACACAUACUUGUGGAUGAGUAGUUCUCUCCAUUUGCUGUUUCAGAAUUCACUUAAUAUUUAUAAAACAUUGUGAGUUUUUUCAUUUGUCAGACCGUAAAGCAUGUUCUACUUGCAGAUGUAAUUUUUCAUGAAAAGAUAGAUUUCUUUUAAUUUCUUUUAAUGAAAAAAACAGGAGAUAGACACUCCUAGCCUGUCUGGUCUACGCAAUUACCUAAAAGAUGUAAAGCCUGUGAAGCUUAAAACUUCUGUAAGUUCUUGUAGCCCUGUGCAAAGUAGUGGGUGUAAAUAAUUGCUUAUUGAAUGAAGAAACAGACCAACCAAGAUCAGCAAUAACAGAAAAGGCACUGGGAAAACCAUAUGGGAAAAAGGAAGUGCACCAGUAACUAUUGUGUAGGUUUGUUUUUUGGUUUCUUUUUGUUUGGGUGGUUUUUUGGGUAUUUUUUUGUUUUUUGGUUUUUUUGGGGGGCGAGGGGGGUGGCGGGUGGGUCAAUUUAAUUACAGUCCUAGAAGAUUCCUUUGGUUAGCCCCUUUUUGGGACAGUCUUUGUGUGCCGGGUGGCCUUUAGUAUUCAGAGAUAUUUGAAUGCCACUCUGGCAAAUGCUAGUGCUGGAUAGAAGCAGGGUGUCCUUACAAAAGACAUUUUGGAUUGUCAGUGCAAACAAUAACUGAUGAAGAGGGGAUUUGUGGUAAUACCAAUUCAACUGAACAAAAUCCUUUGCUAGCUUUAAUAUGUAUAUUUUGUAUAUGUGCACUUGGCAUAACCCUUCAUAAAUCAAUUGUGCAGAAAGUCAUUAUAUCAUUCCAUGUAUUUGUCAGUUUGUCAGACUUUCUUUUUGAUUAUAAUUCCAAGCAACAACAGUUCGCCAUGUUAGUCCACAAGCCAUUGGUACUUGAGAAAGAAGUUUCAUCUACAUUAGUUCUUUCUAACUCAUUUGGCAUUUCAAAGGCUUUUGUUCCUUUAAAGGAAAGAGAGGCACUAAAUGAACAUAUUUUUCAGAGACUGUUAUAACAAACGUUAUUUUUUAAUAUAAACAUCAAUGUAGAAUCUGUUAUGUAGUCUCAUACAUACUUCUGUGUAUGAAUGAUUGACAAUAAUUUUUGGGUCACAUAUAUGCAUUGGCAAUACAAGUAGAAUUUCAGAAGCUUUUAAGUUACUCAAGUAACUUUUAACUCAGAUUGACAAACUGAUUUUUGUUUUCGGUGUUUAAUUCUUAAUAGGGUUUUUUGCUUGUUUGUAAUUUUGUAGAAUGAUUGGCCCACUUAGAUGCCAUGGGAUUAUGUAGUCUAGUUAGAGUAGUCUUUCAUGUUUUCUAUUACAUUGGUGCAAUUUUGAGUUGAUGGGGAAAUUCCACCAUUCUGUUAAGAAAGGUGGAUUUUGAAGUUUUUGGGGUAAGGAGGAUUACUGACUUCUGAUUUCGCACUACUGAUAAAGUGUUUACCCCUUAAAUCUGUUCACUGGAUAAUCUGGACUGAUUCCAACUGUGCUGUCUCCUUGAAGUUUUCUCUUUUUUUCUGCUACCACAAGUACACAGAGAGAAUUUGAGAAGGUAGGUCUAUGUAAGACUUCAGUCAAUUCAUUCUGUCCUGCCAGACAGACAUACUUUAUUAUGUAAUGGGGAAGGCGGGUGAGCAGCUCAGAGUUGAACCUGACAAACACCAGAAUGCAAGAGGGUUUCUUGGCAGAAAAUUCAUGGACAGAAUCGCUUCAGAAAAGCCCUCCAAGACCAUCUAGUCCAACCUUUGAACAUCACAUGUAAACUAAACCAUAGCAUUAUGUGCUGCAUCUAGUCAUUUCUUGAACACCUGUGGGACGAGUGAUGCUGUCACCUCGCUGGGCAGCCUGCUCCAGUGCUUGGCAACUUUAUCCGUGAGAAAAUUCUUCCUGGUGUCCAACCUGAAUCUCCCCUGGCUCAGCUUGAAUCUGUGUCUUCUUGUCCUGUGGGUGAGAGGAGAGGCCAAGUGACACCCAAGUUGCUGCAGCCUUAUUUCAGGGAGUUGUAGAGUGAUGAAGUCUCCCCUGAACCUUUUCUCCAGGCUAAAGAAUCCAGUUAAAAGUGGACAUUUCUUUGAUAUCCAUAAACAUCUAAUCAUCUCAUCCUAAGAGGAAAGGGAGUUAAUUCACAGCUAGUUCUCAACAUGUACCACUAUCUUUUAUUUCUGUAGCUAAAGAUCUGCUUCCAAGCAAUUGAUAAUCCCAUUUUAAGCAACAAGCUCCCAAAUGUCCCAUUGCAGCUUAAGUGCUUAGUGCAGUGUGGUAACUUUUGCUUGGGAAACCAGACAUACAAGAACUGGGUGCUUGAAAAGUCUGCCUUAUGGGUCUAUCUUACUGACACUUCUGAGAAAUUUACCCAGAAUUUCUACUCAGUUGCAUAGGAGAGCUCAAACACUAACUGAAACAUUUUCUAAAUCAGCAAAAAGUGUGUUUUGAACAGAUUUUAAGCACACAGGUGGACUUACGGGUUUUUUGGUUUGGUUUGUGGUUUUUUACUAGUUUCUGUUGAUUUAUUUCUUUUUUUCUUCUGGCAUAACUUUAAAAAAGUAUAAAUUGAAUACAACAAGAAAACAUGAAGGGAAAUCAGAAGAAUGAAUAAUAGUCUUCAGAGGGCAGAAUGCUGUUGAAGAUGCUGUAUCUCAAAGCAAAGAGCCUAUUGCUUCUUGAUACGUUAAUUCAUGAGAGAGCUGUAUUUCUAUUUCCUUGAGGCUAAAGUGCUGCUCAGAAAACUAAAUACCAAAAAAAUUCUGUUGCAGACUCAAAUGUUGGUUAUCAUCUUCAAACCUGAGCAGGUUUUUUUGUGGCGUUUGGUUUGUUUGGGGUUUUUUUUCCCCAUAAUUCUUAGAUCUGGUUCUCACAGUUCACUCCAAGAAGCUGAAAAACAGUCUGUGUCCUUUCUGGCUCUGUGCUCUGCUAUGCAUUAGUAAGAAUUUAGUUGCCUGUUAAUGAUACAUAGUAUACAGGAAAAUCUGAUUGAAUAUUUUAGUGAUAGCUCCUUUAUUAUAUUGAGCAGUGUCUGCUGUAAUGAUUUCCCUUACUAAAGCAAGCACUCGUAUAUAAGAUACCUGCAUUAUUCUAUACUCAUACUUUUAUUGUUUAUGGAAUUCCUGGUUUGGCAUAGUUGACUCUUGCUAGAAAAAAUUCUGUGGUGGCUUCUGAGGUAAAACUUAAGAUUAUGAGAUUUUUCCUGUCCUAUAAUUUCACAUAUGAUUUUGCCCAUGUUUUUGUAAGGUUAUGUUGAUUUAUAGAAGAGAUGCUGCAAGGAACAUUAGAUAUUUCUAUUGUGUACAGCUUGUCAAGGAUUGCCUUUGCUACGUUCACAGCACAAAGGUAUCUCUCAAACCCUGUUUCUAUCUGUUUUCUGCCAAAAAUGAAUUUGAGGUGAAGACAACACAUAGUCUGGAGAGCAAGUAAUCAAACACACUGUUAUCAUUAUCCCUUUUGUCUACUCUGUCAUUAACAUAGGAAAUGAAGAUGAUAGCCUGUAACUGCAAACAAUAAAUGCUGUUUUUCCUCCGAGCACUGAUUUUAAUGGCAGUUUAAAGAAGUUAACAAGCAGAAUGAAGGGGUCUUAAAUGAAAGUUAAGCCAUAGCAGUUGGAAACUGAGAAAUCCUUGUUACUUUCCUGGUAGUGAGCCUAAUUUGUUUAAAAUAAAAUGCAUCUGCUCAUUUCACAGUCUUUGUCACACUUCCUUCAGCGAUCCACAGUGGAUUACCCCCUUACUUUAAAAACUGGCUGCAAUUAUAAUAAGCUAAUAACUUUAUUUUUUGGUUUGCUGUAGUACAGAAUUUUGCAGACCAGUGAAAAUGCCCUUUAUUCUUGAAAAAAUAGUCAGCUAUUGUUUUGGGGUUUUUUUGCAGUUGGACACAUUUUUUUUUUUUUAAAUUUAGAUUUUAAAGAAAUGCAUAAUUUGAUGGCUUUGCAAAUUCAAAGUAUUUUCUAAUUGUUGAUAAAUCAGCCAAACACUGCUGUUAAGUAUGUAAAUGUCCUUAAUGUCAGCCUGGUAUUUGCUUAGCAUGCCAUGCAUGCAACAAAACUUCGGAGUGAUUCAACUUUGUGGCCACAUUAAAUUUACUUACUGGGAUAAGUUUCCUUUUUCAUACAGAAAUCAGUUUACUACCAUGCUCCUUUGUGUUUCCUCCUGAAUAUACAUUAGAUCUCUAGAGAUUGUUUUAAUGAGUUAUACAUACAUAAUGCUUCUAAUUUUUCUCUGUCUUUCUGAUUGUUAAUUAUGUGAGAUGUGUAUUUCUGACAGCAGUUGAGUGAAUAUUCACAAAUAUAUGAUAUAAUUGAAUUUU